AUGGCUAUAACAAAAUUUUAUUGGGCUGAAACUAGCGAAAGUUUUAUUUUUUCAUUAGGUGAUGGAAACGAUUGGAAAAAUUUUAAGAUUAGUCGAGUUGUAAACAGAAACAGAGCAAUGUAUGAAUCGAAUUUUCAAAAUAUGUCUAUAAAUUUUGGUAAUAGUGAUUUGGUUAUCAACAUUCGAAAUAAUCAUGUUGAAAAUCCUUUUUUUGAUUUAUUAAAUAUUGAUAAUAUUGUAACAG